AUGUCUCAAUUUUUUGGUUAUGGAGUUCAGGUAGAACUUAAAGAUGGGAAAUUGAUUCAAGGUAAGAUAGUCAAGGCUACUUCUAAAGGUCUUACUUUGAGUGAUGUGAAGUUUGGUGAUGGUGGUACCUCUCAGGCUUUCAAGGUGCGUGCUUCUAGGUUGAAGGAUUUGAAGGUUUUGUUUGUAGCUGCCUCCGGUGGGAACUCGUCAAUGUCUAAUGGUGGUGGUAAGAAGAAUGGUAGUAGACCUCAGUCUAGACAGCAGCAAGGUGGUGGUGGUGGUAAAAUCGAUUGGGAAGAUGACGAUGUUGCUAGGAUCAAAGCCCAGGAUGAUUUUGAUUUCGAAGGAAGUUUGCGUAUGUUCAACAAGAAAGAUGUUUUUGCUCAAUUGAAACAGAACGAUGAGAUUUCUCCGGAAUCUAGAUUGGUGUCUCACAAUAAGAAGCAACGUAUCAACGAUGAUGGCGAGGCUAAGUUUGAUAUCAAGGAAUUGGUUAUUCCUAAUGCCAAGAACGAUGCAUGGAACGAAUUGGAUGACGUGAAUAUUAAUACAGCAAGAAGUAACAGUGGUGGGGAGCGCAACGUUGAAGGCGACGAUGAAGAGGAAGCAGAAGAGGAUGACGACGACGACGAUUAUGAGGUAGAUGACGUUGAUAACCCAGAUUUUUUCCCCAUCACAAAAUCAAUUAAUAUCACACAUUUAUUGCAUACUGCGUCUGCUUCUUCAAAUAAAACCAGUGACAAUGAAUCAAGCACUUCCGACAAUGGCCAAGAAGAGAUAUUAACAAAGUUGGGCCAGAUGCUCAUCAAUCAAACUUCAAAAGGUGUACAAAAGUCUAUAAGCCCUUCCGACGUCUCUAAAUCACAAGUUUUAAAGGCAAAGAACAUAAAUCUAUCUGUCCCUAUGGCAACGCCUAUACAACUAUUAGAGAUUGAAAGAACCGCUACCGAUUUUUUUGGUAUUUCCUCACAAAUUGUAUUGGAAAACUAUGCAUUGAGUGCAUCUUUUUUCAUAAGACAAAAACUAGGUGGCCGUGUACGUUUACAUUCUCAAAACUCUAAUGCUGAGCCAUUAGUAGUAAUUAUGACUAGUGAUACUAGUAGAACUGGGCCAAGAGCUAUAGCGUUAGGUAGACAUUUGUGUCAAACCAAUGCCAUUAGGGUGAUUACGGUAUUCACAGGUCUACAAGAAGAAAUAUUAGAUAAACAAGUCGCUGAACAAUUGGACAUUUAUAAGAAAUGUGGAGGUAAAUUAGUCACAAGCGUGGCGGCACUAGAGAAUGCCAUCUCAAAGCUGAAUAGUCCUGUAGAGAUAAUCAUUGAUGGUAUCCAAGGGUUUGAUUGUACAUUACGUGAAAUUUUCGAUAGUGAAUCAUACUACAACAUAAAGAAUGAAGGUGAGUCGAUUAAGAAGAGAACCAUAGAUCUGAUAACAUGGGCAAACUCCAACCAAAACUCACGCAAACAAAUAUGGUCACUAGAUCUUCCAAGUGGCUACGAUAGCGGAUCUGGAUUAUCAAGCGAAAUAUCGAUCAACUCAACUGGUAUAUUAUCUACAGGAUGGCCAUUGCAAUGUUUACAUACGAUCAAAGCAUCCAUGCCACAUUUACAAGACAUUGUAGUCGUAGACACAGCUACUCCUCAAGGUGUUUACAAACAAAGAAAUUCGUUAAGAAAGUUCCAAAAUUGCGAUUUAUUCGUUACCGAUGGGUCAUUAUCUCUUCAAAUCUGA